AUGGCGACAAAUUCACUGUCUGCUAAAGAGAAUGUUCCUCUAACCAACGUGAUUGGGGAGACAUUCAAACCAGAUUCUGAUACCCAGCCAUCAGCCAAGAGACGGAAGCUGGGGCCAUCUGAAUCGUCUUCAAAGCUAUCGCAGUCUAGUCAGCAGCCAUCGUUUGCUGAUGUACUCGAGCGACUGAAAGAAGAAGCGGGUGAAGCAAGAGGUGCUGAAGGUGGUGCGGAUUGCUGGGCGAGGCCACCUCUAUCUCUCAUUGACGAAAGCAAGGACAGCAUUGUGUUCCAGCAGAUAGAUGUCGAGGAGACGACAGACUCACAUAAUGGUGGGGCUGGAAUAAGAAUGUUUGGUGUGACAGAGGCCGGACACAGCGUUCUGGCCACAGUCACCGGUUUUCUUCCGUAUUUCUAUGUUGCCACUCCUCGCGGCUUCACAGAAAGUGACACAUUCGCGUUUUGCGAUCAUCUUAAUAACGCUGGCUCCGGUGCUGUCGUUCGUGGGGUCGAGCUUGUUAAAAAGCGCAGCCUGUGGGGUUAUAAAGGCGAUGAUUGGCAACUGAACUAUCCUUUGCAUGCUGUCCCUACUUUUGAGAGCAACAUCGCGUAUACUUUGCGCUUCAUGAUUGACACGAGAGUCGUUGGCAUGAAUUGGAUCGAAAUACCCGCUAAGAAGUAUAAACUUAUCCGCGGAGAAAAGAAGCGUUCUAAGUGUCAGAUAGAGCUCACUGUUAAAUGGGAUCAGUUUGUCUCGCACACUCCGGAGGGACAAUGGUCUAAAAUCGCCCCAUUACGAAUCCUCAGCUUUGAUAUUGAAUGUGCGGGCCGCAAAGGUAUAUUUCCCGAGCCCAGCAUUGAUCCAGUUAUCCAGAUCGCAAAUAUGGUUACUCGUCAGGGCGAGAACAAGCCGUUCAUCCGUAACAUUUUCACUCUGAAUACUUGCGCACACAUCGUUGGCUCCCAAGUUUUAUCAUUUGACGACGAGGGGAAGAUGCUAGACUCAUGGAGAGCAUUCGUUGAAGAAGUUGAUCCGGAUGUUGUGAUUGGUUAUAACAGUUCGAAUUUCGAUCUGCCAUAUCUCAUGGACAGGGCCAAGGCGAUCAAGGCAAAUAUGUUACCGUACCUAGGCAGAAUGAACGGUGUCAAAGCGCAAACUAAAGAAACACACUUCUCGUCAAAAGCAUUUGGUCAGCGUGACUCAAAAGAAACUGCAUUGGAUGGACGCUUGCAGAUUGAUGUUUUGCAGUACAUGCAGAGAGAACAUAAAUUGCGUAGCUACACGCUGAACUCGGUUUGCGCCCAGUUCUUAGGAGAGCAGAAGGAAGACGUGCACCACUCUGUCAUUACUGACCUUCAAAAUGGCGGGCCAGAGUCACGGAGACGCUUGGCAGUGUACUGUCUCAAGGAUGCGUACUUGCCCCAACGGUUGAUAGACAAACUUAUGUGCUUCAUCAACUACACCGAGAUGGCGCGUGUCACAGGAGUUCCCUUCAAUUAUCUCCUGUCCCGGGGACAAUCAAUCAAGGUGUUGUCGCAGUUAUACCGCAAGGCUAACGAUGAUGGUUAUAUUAUUCCAUCACUGAAGGGCGAAGGUUCCGAUGAACAAUACGAAGGCGCCACUGUCAUUGAACCAAUGAAAGGAUACUACGAUGUCCCGAUAGCUACUCUUGAUUUUAGCUCGCUGUAUCCCUCCAUCAUGAUGGCGCAUAAUCUCUGCUACACGACAUUGGUUGACAAGAAGGUCAUCGAUCGCCUUCAUCUUGUGAAAGAUGUUGAUUAUAUUCAGACUCCAAAUAAUGACUUCUUUGUCACAUCCUCCAAGAGAAAAGGUCUUCUUCCUACCAUUCUUGAGGACCUGAUUGGUGCUCGUAAACGCGCGAAGGUCGACCUCAAGAAAGAGACCGACCCGUUCAAGCGUGCAGUGCUCGAUGGCCGUCAGCUUGCCUUGAAGAUCAGUGCAAACUCUGUAUAUGGUUUUACCGGGGCGACCAUCGGAAAGUUGCCUUGUUUGCCCAUUUCUUCAAGUGUUACUGCGUAUGGUCGACAGAUGAUCGAGAAAACCAAGCAGGAAGUGGAGGCUGAAUAUUGUGUAGCCAAUGGCCACUCGCACGAUGCGCACGUCAUCUACGGAGAUACUGAUUCAGUCAUGGUUAAAUUUGGACCUACUGACCUCCCUACCGUCAUGGCUCUUGGGGCCCAAGCGGCAGAUUUUGUAACUGCGAAGUUCAUAAAGCCCAUCAAAUUGGAGUUCGAGAAAGUUUACUUUCCAUAUCUGCUAAUUAGCAAGAAGCGAUAUGCCGGCCUAUACUGGACAAGACCAGACAAGUAUGACAAGAUGGACACAAAGGGCAUUGAGACUGUCCGUCGUGAUAACUGUCGACUUGUGUCCACUGUCAUUGAAACUUGUUUACACAAGAUGCUUAUUGACCGCGACGUCAAGGGUGCCGAAGAGUAUACGAAGCAGAUUAUAGCCGACCUUCUCCAGAACAAAGUCGACAUGUCGCAACUAGUGAUCACCAAGGCACUGGCAAAGGCUGAUUAUGCUGCCAAACAAGCCCACGUUGAGCUCGCUGAGAGAAUGAAACAACGAGAUGCAGGUUCCGCACCUGCUCUGGGUGAUCGUGUUGCCUACGUGAUUAUCAAGGGCGUCAAAGGUGCUGCGGCGUAUGAGAAGUCGGAAGACCCAAUAUAUGUCUUGGAGAACAACAUACCUAUUGACACAAAGUACUACCUUGAGAAUCAGCUAUCCAAUCCACUCAUGAGGAUCUUCGAGCCAAUUCUUGGGGAGAAGGCAGCCUCUCUACUAUCUGGGGAUCAUACGCGGACAAUCCAAAUUGCGACACCAUCUGUGGGUGGGUUAAUGAAGUUCGCAAUUAAAACAACAACGUGUCUAGGUUGCAAGACACCAAUACGUGCAAAUAAUAGUGUUAAGGAUGGCGCUGUGUGCAAUAAUUGCCGACCGAGGAUGAGCGAAUUGUUCCAGAAACAAGUUACGUCAGCAUCAGAGUUGCAAGUACGCUUCUCUCGGCUGUGGACACAAUGUCAACGAUGUCAAGGCUCGCUCCACCAGGAUGUUCUUUGCACAAGCAAAGACUGUCCAAUCUUCUACAUGAGGAAGAAAGCACAGAAAGACGUUGAGGAUGCGAAUACUACCUUAGAACGAUUUGAUCACGAAAUCUGGUAA